AUGGAGAGUCAGAGUCCCGAGUUCAAGGAGGAAAGAAUGACAAGUAGUUUGAACCUUCAAAGUUUGUCUGGGAUGCAGGCUGAUGAUUCUUUAAUCACAGAGGAUUAAUUGGAUUUUAAAGGUCAGGAUGAAAGUGCAGAUAAGUAAAAUUCCUGGCUUACAAAAAGGAAAAAUGGAGCAUUUAAAAGUGUAGAAUAUUAUUAGCUCGACACUUCAUAGAGCUAGAAUAGUACAAAUAAAGGAUCAAACCCUUCAAGCGAAAACUCAAGUCCUCUUAAGAAAGGAAAUUAAUUUAGCAAUCGCACCAAGGAUUUUAGAUAAAAUCUUAAAGGUUCCUUGAAUUUGGGUCUAGAUCGCUCCAAAUUUCAAUCUAGUACCUCAUUUUCAAGUGUGAUAAAUAUGGAAAAUAUAACUGCCGACGAAAUUCAAAAAAUUGAGCAAGAAUUUCGAAAUGAGUUUGAGAAAUAUUACAUCGAGGGGAAGUUUAUUGGCGAGGGAUGCUCAGCAGUUGUAAAGGAAUGUGAAAACAGAGCAACUGGACAAAAGUAUGCUGUAAAGAUUAUGCGUAACUUAGAUGAGGAGAGAGUCGCUGCGGCCAAAAAUGAAUUUGAUUUAUUAAAAAGUCUGAAGCACUCCAAUAUCGUAAAGGUGUAGGAAUUUUUCGUGACACACAAGUAGAUAUACAUGAUUAUGGAGAGAGUAGAAGGGUAAGAGCUAAUGGACAGGAUAUCUGAGAUUGAGAAAUAUGAUGAAAACAUAGCAAAGAAACUUUUUAGACAAGCCCUUUUAGCUAUUGAAUAUCUUCAUGAAAAUACAAUCUGCCACAGAGACAUUAAGCCUAGUAAUAUCUUGGUGUUGAAUAAUAAGGAGAAAAUAAAGUUAACUGACUUCAAUAUAUCAAAACUUUGUAAAAAUAAAAACUUUCAGAUGCUAACUCAUACUGGUACCGAAUCUUUUUCAGCCCCUGAAAUGUUUAGUUCAGAAGUAUACAAUGAGAAAAUUGAUCUAUGGAGCGCUGGUUGCGUACUUUAUACAAUGCUAGCAGGCUAUUAGCCUGCUAACAAGCUUUAUAAGAUGAUAAAAGAGGGAAUUUAUGAUCUAGAGGGGGAAACUUGGCAAGAUAUUUCAGAGAACGCAAAAGACUUGAUUAAAAAAUUACUCACUGUCGACCCUGAGUAAAGACUUUCUGCCAAAGAGGCAUUAAAUCAUCCUUGGGUGAGUGUUUAGGAAGAUAAACCAUUCGCCCUUUCAACAGUUGUUACUAAAAUGAACUAAAGAAAGUCAAUCAGACUUAUGGACGUUAACUUAAACAAGUUAAGUGAGAAUCUCUAUCCAAAUAUAGACUAUUCUUAAAUAUACUAAAGCCUUUUGCAAAAAGGCUUAGAUCCGAUAAAGUAAAAAAGGGAACGUAAGAUGUCAAUGAGGGAAGACUCGAAGAUGAUGGCUUUUUAAAAUCCAUCUAGGGUUACUUCUCGCAGAAAGAACACUGACUUCUCUAUCGAUGAUGAAGCUUACAAUAAUCUCAAUAAAUAGUAAACUACGACUACUAAUGAGAAUAACUUAGAUGCAAAAUCAUUGCAAGCCAAAGACUUAAUGGGUUGCCAACUUUCAAACAUUGAUGAAAUAUCAGACAGACAAAGCGAUGCUAACACAUCUCCCUAGAAAACUCCAAGAAACGGCAGUAUCAAUGCAGGAUUUGAAGAUUUCGAUUUUCCUCUUUAGAGAUAAUCAAGUUUUAGUAUAACUCUCAGCAAAUAAGAAUUAUCACCGAAGGACGAAAUAAGAGAGCAACAAGAAGAAGAGGAUGAAUAGUGA